GAUCCCAGUUCCAAAGAAAAAAAAACAAUCAAGAUCGAGGCACUAUCUUUGUUUUUUAAAAAAAAAGCUGAUAUAUAAUCGGAGAGAACAGUCGGGAAAGAAGACAGAAGCCAAGAGGAAAGGAUCCAGGAAAGCCGGUUGAAAAAUGUUCGUCCUUUCUCAUCUUAAGGAUACGGUGCGGGUACAGGCGCGUGAUUUUGGACGGGAUCGGGCCAGCGUGAUCACCGCAGAGAUCAAUCGGAAGUAUUCGAACAAGGUCCUGCCCGACCUCGGACUCUGCAUCGCGCUGUUCGACUUGCUCGAUGCUUCGGAAGGCAAGGUGCUCUAUGGGGACGGCUGCUUAUAUCAUCGAGUCGAAUUCACCUUGGUCGUCUUCAGACCGUUUAUCGGAGAACAUAUGAUCGGCACCGUCAAAUCGAGCACACCCUCAGGGGUCCGAGUCAGCCUCAAAUUUUUCGACGACAUCCAUAUCCCUUGUCGACUGCUACAAAGUCCCUCUUGCUAUGACCCGACCUUGAACGAGUUUUUCUGGGCGUCCGAAUACUCGGAUCCGGAGGCAGCCAGCACGAUGCCCGCGGACCUCCUCUCGAUCUCGGAAGACCAACGGCUAUACAUGCAGAUCGGCCAGCCGAUCCGGAUCCGGAUCGAGGAGGAGCAUUUCCUGGACGUCGGGCCCAAGGAGGCGCCCAAGGCGGCCAAUCCAACCCCCGAGGGCGUCGAGCCUAGUGCCCUGGAGGAACAGCUUCGGAAGGAAAAGGAGGAGGGCAUUCCUCCCUAUAGUCUAGUCGCUUCUUGUGACGGACCUGGAUUGGGCAUCAUAGCCUGGUGGCAAUCAGAAGAAGAUGGCCAGGAAAAUCAAUAAAUUGGGCGUGAUAUGUUUCUUAUUUUGCUUGAAUGUUUUUCUUGCAAGGAAUUUUAAUUCUCAGAAACCCUUCCAAGCAGCAUGAUUCUGCCCAUUGUCAUAGAGUCGCCCUGUAUCCUUUCAACACAUUAAUUUUUGAAUCAUACAAAGAAUAUGUACACAUAAAUCUACACAUAUCUCUUGGCCACUGCACAGUGGCCACGUAAACAAACUUUUUGCCGUCGGA